CACUGUAGUGCUUUCCCCUCCAAACGCUCCAAUAAAACAAAACUUUAAUGUUUCACGAACCCUCCGUAAGAAUUUCCGCCAGGAGCUCCUCGCUCUAUCCAAUGGCUUUCUCUGCGAAAUUUCACAUUCACUACCCCUCGCUUUGUCGUCUGCCCACAAAUUCUUCUUCUGCUUUCCCUGGAUCCUCGAAUUCAAUUUCGUUUCGAUCUUCACCUGUACAUCUCAAUCGUAGGAAACCCAUCUCGAUUCGAUCAAGUUCAGUCACAGCUCCAUCAACCGCUGGGGGGCUAGCACCUGCAAUUUCCCUGACGGACAAUGCGCUGAAGCAUUUGAAUAAUAUGAGGUCUGAGCGGAAUGAAGAUUUAUGCUUAAGAAUUGGAGUCAAACAGGGUGGAUGUUCUGGCAUGUCUUACACAAUGGAGUUUGAGAAGAGAGAAAACACAAGACCAGAUGACUCGGUCAUUGAAUACAAUGGUUUCGUUAUUGUUUGUGAUCCCAAGAGCCUCCUUUUCAUGUAUGGGAUGCAGCUGGACUUCAGUGAUGCACUUAUUGGUGGAGGAUUCUCAUUUAAGAACCCCAAUGCCACACAAACUUGUGGUUGUGGUAAAUCGUUCGCUGCAGAGAUGUAAAAUCAUAUACACAGAACCAAAUUAUCAUAUAAUGGUUAUGAUUCUGUAAAUUAGAUUUCAAUGAUAUACCCUUGCUUCUUAUGUUAAAUUAAGAAUCAAGAUAUGGAAUGAUAUCUGUGAGACAAAUUUCACAAGCCCACUGAUGAAGCAAAAUGUAUGGUUUACCUUUGGUGA